CUCGGGGUCGUUUUAAAUGGAGUUUUCCUUCCGUUCUCACAAACGCACACACCUUAAUGACAGUUGCGAGCGCACUCACAACCUUAAGGUUCCCUCGGUAAAGCCGGAGCAGGGAGAACAGGCGGGCUGGCGGUACCCUGACGCUUAUUUUCUGUGCCCCUUCGCUUGUCUCCUCAGUGCGCCAACAGCCCGCGAUAAAGGCAUGUGACUGACGAGAGAGCGCCGGAGUGAGCGAGGCAGUGAGCGUGUGCCGUGUGAGCUGCCAGUCGCCUCGGCGCGCCGUACCCGCGCUUUUCCAUCUCUCUCUCUCUUUCUCUCUCUAUCUCCAGCAUCAGCUCUCCCGCGCCCCAGGAUGGUGCUGUAUGGUGCUACGAAGUACCUCCUCGGGUGGCUCGCUGUAUCAAGCAUCGUGGCGAAUGAAGUGGAAGGUCAAGCGGCUGGACACUACGGCAAUGGAAGAGGGGAGCAACACGUAGUGAUGAAACCGUCGGCGGAUGGACUGAGGAGAAGAAGACCGCAGGAUGUGCUGCGAGGACCAAAUGUUUGUGGAUCUCGCUUUCAUUCUUACUGCUGCCCUGGCUGGAAAACAUUACCUGGAGGAAACCAGUGCAUUUUGCCCAUUUGCCGAAACAGUUGUGGAGAUGGAUUUUGCUCUCGUCCGAACAUGUGCACUUGCCCUAAUGGAAAAAUAUCUCCAACAUGUGAAACAAAAUCUACACAGCAAUGCAACAUAAGGUGCAUGAAUGGGGGUAUCUGCUCUGAGGAACAGUGCAAGUGCCAGAAAGGAUAUACUGGAACAUACUGUAGUCAGUCUAUCUGUGACAAUGACUGCCAGAAUGGAGGCCGCUGUGUUGGACCAAAUCGCUGUGCUUGUAUUUAUGGUUUUACUGGUCCCCAGUGUGAAAGAGAUUACAGAACUGGGCCAUGCUUUACUUACAUCAACAACAAUGAGAUGUGCCAGGGUCAGCUAACUGCUGUAAUCUGCACCAAGACUCUCUGCUGUGCUACGGUUGGACGAGCUUGGGGUCACCCUUGUGAGAUCUGUGCACCACAGCCACAGCCCUGUAGACGUGGCUUCUUAGCCAAUAUUCGAACAGGAGCCUGUCAAGAUGUUAAUGAGUGCCAGGCUAUUUCAGGUAUUUGCCUAGGUGGAAACUGUCUCAAUACAAUUGGGUCCUAUGAGUGCAAGUGUUCUGCUGGCUACAGGCAGAAUGAAGCAACUCAAAAAUGUGAAGAUGUAGAUGAAUGUGAUGCUCUCCCCGAUAUGUGCAAUGGAGGACAAUGUGUCAAUACCAUGGGAAGUUAUUUCUGCAACUGCCCAGAGGGUUAUGUAACUUCAGUGGACAGUAUUCGCUGUGUUGAUCAGAGAAUGGGGAGGUGCUACACCAGUCUGUUGAAUACCGACUGUUCUCAGGAGCUUCCAAUUCCCCUUACAAAAACCCAGUGCUGCUGUGAGACUGGGAGAUGUUGGUCCUCAGGACUCGAGCCAGAGAAGUGUCCUGUCCAAGGGUCAGAAGCGCACCAUUUAAUAUGCACAGAAAGCCUACCAGAAUUCACUUCAGAAUUCAAACGUGUUUUGCCAGAUGGAGCAGGUGAUGUAGACUCAGAUUUAAGACAUCCUUUAAGUGGUGGCAAUGGUCCUGGUCCAGCAGUCGUGGUAGCUCUCAACCAAAGCAAUAAUGCUUGCCAUCAGUUCAGCAAUAUGUGUGUAAAUGGCCAUUGUGUUCCCCUUGCAUCAAGCUUCCGAUGUGUAUGCAGUGAGGGUUUCCAGGCAGAUCCACAAGGUGAAUGUUUAGAUAUUGAUGAAUGCAGAUGUAGCCCUUGUACAAAUGCAGAUUGUGUAAAUACUCCUGGCUCAUACUACUGCAGGUGUCAUACAGGAUUCCAGCACGCUGCCAUCAGGCAGACCUGCACAGAUAUUGAUGAGUGCCUGCAGAAUGGAAUCCUCUGCAGAAAUGGCCGCUGUGUUAAUACAGAAGGCAGUUUCCAGUGCAUUUGCAAUAUAGGCUUUUAUCUAAGUUCAGAUGGCAUGAGUUGUGUGGAUCAAGAUGAGUGUGCUAGCAGCAACAUGUGCCUCAAUGGAAUGUGCAUCAAUGAAGAAGGAAGCUUUAGGUGCAUCUGCAAGCCAGGCUUUUCCCUGGCCUCCAAUGGUCGCUAUUGCGUGGAUAUCGAUGAAUGCCAGACAGCAGGAAUAUGCAUGAAUGGCCGCUGCAUUAAUUUGGAAGGCUCAUUCAGAUGCCAGUGUCUUGCAGGUCUUGCUGUUGGAGUGGAUGGAAGGUUUUGUCUUGACACUCACAUAAAGAGUACUUGUUAUGGAGCCAUCCAGAAAGGUGUUUGUGUGAAUCCAUUUCUUGGGACCUUCACCAAAUCUGAAUGCUGUUGUGCGAAUGUGGAUUACAGCUUUGGAGAGCCGUGCCGACCCUGCCCACCCAUGAACUCAGCUGAGUUUCAAGCAUUGUGUAUCAGCGGACCUGGAUUCUCAGUGGAAGGAAAAGAUAUUAAUGAGUGUGCUUUGAAUCCUGAUAUUUGCUCCAAUGGAAUAUGUGAAAAUCUGCGUGGAAGCUACAGGUGUACCUGCAAUAUUGGCUAUGAAUCUGAUGCCACUGGCAAGAUGUGCAUUGACAUUGAUGAGUGCGUAGUGAACAGAAGACAGUGUGAAAUUGGCUUAUGCCGGAACAAUCCUGGAAGUUUUACCUGUACCUGCCCCAAAGGUUACUUCUUCCAGCCAGAAUUCAAUACAUGUGAAGAUAUCAAUGAGUGCACUAGCAAACCCUGUGUUAAUGGAAUCUGCAGAAACAAUGGUGGUUCUUUCACUUGUGAGUGCUCCACAGGAGGCAAGCUUGACUUGACUGGCUUGGUCUGUAUAGACAGUUUGAGAGGAACUUGCUGGCUGAACAUUCAAGAUGGUCGCUGUGAGGUGAACAUUAAUGGAGCCACCAUUAAAUCAGAGUGUUGUGCUACAUUAGGAGUGGCAUGGGGUAGCCCCUGUAUUCCUUGUGAGAUAGAUUCCGCAUGCCCAAGAGGAUUUGCCCGAGUCAGAGGUGUAGCAUGUGAAGAUGUCAAUGAGUGUCGGGUUUUUCCAGGCAUUUGCCCAAAUGGCCAUUGUGUCAACACCAAAGGUUCAUUCCUAUGCCAGUGCCUUGAAGGUCUCACCUUAGAUGCCACAGGCAGGCUGUGUAUAGACAUACGGCUAGAGCAGUGCUACCUGACCUACAAUGAGGAUGAGUGCUCCAAGCCCAUGUUGGGCAGAUUCCGGAGAGAUGCCUGCUGCUGCUCAGUUGGAGCUGCCUGGGGUGUGUACUGUGAGGAGUGUCCAAACCCAGGCAGUGGUGACUUUGACAGCCUUUGCCCACGUGGUCUGGGGUUUGCCAACAGAGGAGAAAUCACAGACAGGCCAUUUUACAAAGAUAUUAAUGAAUGCAAAACUUUUCCCAGUAUUUGCACUCGCGGCAAAUGUCGCAACACUAUUGGCAGCUUCAGGUGUCAUUGUGACAGUGGAUUUGCCAUUGAUGCAGAGGAAAGAAACUGCACAGACAUUGACGAGUGUCAAAUCUCUCCAGACCUCUGUGGGAAUGGCAGCUGUGUAAACACUGCAGGAAGUUUUGACUGUGAGUGUUUCCCUGGAUUUGAAAGUGGAUUCAUGAUGAUGAAAAAUUGCAUUGACAUCAAUGAAUGUGAAAGGAAUCAUCUUCUUUGCCAUGGGGGCACCUGCAAAAACACAGAUGGCAGCUACAUAUGUCUUUGUCCUACUGGAUAUCAACUGUCUUUUGCAGGGGAUGCUUGCAUCGAUAUCAAUGAGUGUGAUCUAAGUGAUAGCCUGUGCAAGAAUGGAAAAUGUGUGAACAUUAUGGGCACUUAUCAGUGCAUAUGUGCUCCUGGAUAUCAAGUCACCCCUGAGCGACAGUCCUGUGUUGAUAUUGAUGAGUGCUCCAUUGGAAAUGGAGAAUGUGAAGCCCACUGUAGCAAUUCAGAAGGCAGCUAUAAGUGCAGUUGCAAUGAAGGUUACAUUCUGCUUCCAGAAAAAAGAAAUUGUGCAGACAUUGAUGAAUGUGAGGACAACAUAGAUAUUUGUGAUGGAGGACAGUGCACAAAUAUUCCUGGUGAAUAUCGUUGCCUCUGCUUUGAUGGUUUUAUGGCAUCCAUGGAUAUGAAGACCUGUGUCGACAUUAAUGAAUGUGAUUUACAUGCCAACAUUUGCAUGUUUGGGGAGUGUGAGAACACCAAAGGCUCAUUCACCUGCAAUUGCCAGCUGGGCUAUUCUGUCAAGAAAGGAGCAACAGGCUGUACAGAUAUUGAUGAGUGUGGAAUUGAAGCUCAUAAUUGUGACAUUCAAGCUUCAUGCAUUAACAUGCCUGGCAGUUUCAGCUGCAGUUGUCAAGAAGGCUGGGUGGGAACUGGAGUCAAGUGUACAGAUCUCAAUGAAUGUGCAAAUGGGAGUCACCUGUGUAGCUCCAAUGCCCAGUGUCUGAACACACCAGGAUCAUACCAUUGCAGCUGUUCUGAGGGAUUCACAGGGGAUGGAUACACUUGUUCAGAUAUGGAUGAGUGUAUGGAGAAUGGUAACCUCUGUGAAAAUGGCAGGGGUCUGAAUACACCUGGGCUGUACCGUUGUGAGUGUGAUAUGGGCUUCUCGCCUGCCACUGACAGCAGAUCUUGCCAAGAUAUCAAUGAAUGCUUAUUCCAAAGUAUUUGUGUAUUUGGCACAUGCAAAAAUCUCCCAGGCAUGUUCAGGUGCAUUUGCAAUGAUGGUUAUGAACUUGAUCGGACAGGAGGUAACUGCACAGAUAUAGAUGAAUGUACAAAUCCAAUCAAUUGUGUUAAUGGAAUAUGUGUAAACAGUCCUGGAGGAUAUCAAUGUAACUGUCCGCCUGAAUUUGAGCUAAACCCAACUGGAGUUGGUUGUGUGGACAUUCGAUUUGGUUACUGUUACCUGGACUUUGAAUACAGUGAAGAUGGUAGUCUGUCUUGCAGUGGAGAAAUAGGGGUUGCUGUUAGUCGUUCCUCUUGCUGCUGCUCACAAGGAAAAACCUGGGGAAAUCCCUGUGAACUCUGUCCACGUAUCAAUACAAAUGAAUACAAAACAUUGUGUCCGGGAGGUGAAGGCUUUAAACCUAACCCUAUUACUAUUAUACUGGAAGAUAUUGAUGAAUGUGAGGAGCUGCCAGGACUUUGUCAGGGUGGAAGCUGUUUGAAUACAUUUGGCAGUUUCAUGUGUCACUGCCCAGCAGGAUACAAUCUUAGUGAAGAAAGUCAUAUUUGUGAAGAUGUUGAUGAGUGUGUUGCUUACAGUAACAUUUGUGGCCCUGGCACAUGCUACAACACAUUGGGCAAUUACACCUGCAUAUGUCCUCCCGAGUACAUGCCUAUCAAUGGAGGAAACAGUUGCUUGGAUAUGAGAAAAAGUCUAUGCUACCGAAACUACAAUGGAACAUCUUGCGAGAAUGACCUGCCUUUCAGUCUCACAAAGCGACUGUGCUGCUGUUCUUAUAAUAUAGGAAAAUCCUGGAAUAAGAAUUGUGAAGCUUGUCCAAUUCCUGGGUCAUCUGAAUAUCGUGUGCUGUGUGGUAAUGUUGUGCCUGGAUUUACUUUUCACAUCCAUACUGGUAAAGCAGUGGACAUUAAUGAGUGUCAGGAAAUUCCUGGGAUUUGCAUGAAUGGUGUCUGCAUUAACAUGAUUGCCAGCUUCCGCUGCGAAUGUCCAACUGGUUUCAGCUACAAUGACCUGAUCUUAGGUUGCGAAGAUAUAGAUGAGUGCAGCAAUAGAGGUAUCUGCCAACAUCAUGCAGAUUGUAUCAACAGUCCAGGCAGUUAUCGCUGUGAAUGUUCAUCUGGGUUUAAACUUUCACCUAUAGGAUCAUGUAUAGAUUAUAAUGAGUGCCUUGAAAUUCCAAACAUCUGCAGUCAUGGCGAAUGUGUUGACUUGCUGGGGAGCUAUCGUUGCGUUUGUCAUUCUGGCUUCAAGGCCACUACAGAUCAGAAAAUGUGUAUUGAUACAGAUGAAUGUGAGAGGCAGCCAUGUGGAAAUGGAACUUGUAAGAACACCAUAGGUUUUUAUAACUGCCUGUGCCACCCUGGCUUUGAGCUGACCCUCAGCAAUGACUGCACAGAUAUCGAUGAAUGCAGAACCUUAUUGGGACAUGUGUGUCGACAUGGCCAGUGUAUUAACAGUGUUGGCUCUUUCCACUGUUUGUGUGAAGAUGGAUACAAACUUACACCAGAGGGAAGGAACUGUGUUGAUAUCAAUGAAUGUGUUUUAUUUCCUGGAACUUGCUUCCCUGGGACAUGCCAGAAUCUUGAUGGAACUUUCCAAUGCAUUUGUCCUCGGGGAUAUGAAGUUCAGAAUGAAAACUGUAUUGACAUUAAUGAGUGUGAAGAAGACCCUUAUAUUUGCCUAUUUGGAACUUGUGUAAAUAAUCCGGGAAGUUUCCAGUGCCUCUGCCAGCCUGGCUUUGUCUUAUCAGAAAAUGGAAGAACCUGUUUUGAUAAACGAGAAAAGUUUUGUUUCACGAAGUUUGAGAAUGGAAGGUGUUCUGUGCCUAUAGCAUUUAACACCACAAAAGCCAAAUGCUGCUGCAGUAACAUACCAAGGGAAGGCUGGGGUGAUCCCUGUGAACUCUGCCCUCAGGAAGGACAAGAAGCUUUCCAAAUACUUUGUCCUUUUGGUUUUGGUACCAUUGAAGAUAUUGGUGGCAAACGAGAAGAUGUAAAUGAAUGUGUGGAAAACCCUGGCAUCUGCUUAAAUGGCCACUGCAUCAACAUGGAUGGCUCUUUCCGUUGUGAAUGCCCAGUGGGUUAUGGCUUGGAUGUCAGUGGCAUCAGCUGUGUGGACCUAGAUGAGUGUUCAGUUGGAAAUCCUUGUGGAAAUGGGACCUGUUCAAAUGUGAUGGGUGGAUUUGAGUGCAACUGUAAUGAUGGCUUUGAGCCUGGUCCUAUGAUGACUUGUGAGGAUAUUAAUGAAUGUACUUACAAUCCCUUAUUGUGUGCCUUCCGAUGCAUCAAUACCUAUGGAAGCUACGAGUGUAUCUGCCCUGUAGGUUAUAUCCUGCGUGAGGACAGGCAGAUGUGCAGAGAUCUGGAUGAAUGCACAGAGGGAUUUCACAACUGUGAAUAUAGAGGCAUGAUUUGUAAGAACCUGAUUGGAACUUUUCUGUGUGUUUGCCCACCUGGAAUGAUCAACAGUCCAGAUGGAGAAAGAUGCCAAGAUGAGAAUGAAUGUUACACAAAACCUGGAGUUUGUGAAAAUGGUCACUGCCUGAACACACAUGGCAGCUAUGCAUGUGACUGCAAUGAGGGCUUUAAAUUAGCAGCAACUGGCACAAAUUGCAUCGACCACAGACAAGGGUUUUGCUUCACUGAAGUUUUGCACACCAUGUGCCAGAUGUCUUUCAGCAGUCGAAAUUUGUCUACAAAAUCCGAAUGUUGCUGCAGUGGUGGGAAGGGCUGGGGAAACCAAUGUGAACUCUGCCCACUGCUUGGAACUGGGCAUUAUAAGAAGCUAUGUCCUCAUGGUCCUGGAUACAGCAUAGGUGACAAAGAUAUAAAUGAAUGCAAAGUUAUGAGCAAUCUGUGCAAAAAUGGACAAUGCAUCAAUACCAUAGGCUCCUUUAGGUGCCUUUGCCAGCUGGGCUAUGUCAUGGAUUUGACUGGGACCACGUGUGUGGAUAUGAAUGAAUGUCUUCAGUCUCCAAAGCCAUGCAGUUUUAUCUGUAAGAAUAUAGAGGGCAGCUAUCUUUGUUCAUGCCCUCAUGGCUAUAUUUUGCAGGAUGAUGGGAAAACUUGCAGAGAUCUCGAUGAGUGUCAGACCAAACAACACAACUGCCAGUUCCUCUGUGUCAACACUAUUGGAGGCUUUACCUGUAAAUGUCCAUCUGGAUUUACUCAGCAUCACACAGCCUGUAUUGAUAACAAUGAAUGUGCAUCUCAGCCUUCACUCUGUGGACCCAAAGGGAUUUGUCACAACAACCCAGGCAGCUUUCGUUGUGAGUGUCAACGAGGUUACUCUCUGGAUUCCAGUGGCCUCAAUUGUAAUGAUAUAGAUGAAUGCAAAAGCCAGCACAGAUGCAAACAUGGGUGUCAGAACACAGCAGGGGGGUACAGAUGUAGCUGUCCGCAGGGGUACAACCAGCACUACCAGUGGAACCAAUGUGUUGAUGAGAACGAGUGUGCUGAUCCAAAGAGGUGUGGAGCUGCCUUGUGCUACAAUACUCUAGGAAGCUACAGGUGCUCUUGUCCAUCUGGUUAUUCAUUUAAUGAGCUAACAACUUCCUGCCAUGACAUUAAUGAAUGUGAAACUUUUAAGAAUCCCUGUAAUUAUGGAUGCUCAAAUACAGAAGGAGGUUAUAUGUGCGGUUGUCCACCUGGGUAUUACAGAGUGGGACAAGGUCACUGUGUGUCUUCAGUGGUGCUACACCAGGAUCAGUUCUUGACCCCAGUGGGACAGGCCACUGAGGAAGAAGCCUUGUUUCUAGAAGCUUGCUAUGAAUGCAAGGUCAAGGAUCUCCCAAAGAAAGAUCUCAGAAGGAGAAGGAGUACUAAAGAAACACAGCUCUUCGAGGAGGCACCGGUCAGCCUGGACAGCUUGGACAAUCAAGUACCACUCAGGUUACAUCUCAAGAGUAGCAAGCAGCAACACAUCAUGACGUUUAUCCCUGCAACUGAGUCUCUCAACAACAAGGUUCAAUAUAGCAUUUCAUCCGGCAAUUAUGACGGUCUCUUUCGCAUUAACCAGCGUGCUGGCCUCAGCUAUCUGCACACAAGCAAGAAGAAGUUGUCUCCAGGAAUCUAUAGGCUAGAGGUGAUAAGUGAGAACCAUCUUGAAGGACAGACAGACAGAAGUCUUCAUCUGCAAUUGCUUAUUGAACUGGAGUGAACAGCUCCUGGAACUCUCAGCAGAGAAACCUCUUAUUAAAGAAAAGAGAAGCAGGGUAUAAGAUGUACGUCAAGCUCUAAAGGAGCUUCUGUUUGGUAACUGCUCAAGGGCUACUAAAGGUUUGUUUCUUUUCCCUUAAUGCCCUACCUAUUACUUAGUUCACUAUUGAUUGAAUUUAUACACAGCAUGAUUGUUCUGCAAAGGUCCCAGAGCCUCUCAGGGUAUCACUGCCAACUUGUCUUACCUGAUCUUGGCAUCAGAGCACAGGAUGUAACAAGCAGACAAUGCGCUAGAAUUCAUUUAGAGAGGAAUGCACUUUGAUAUUUUAAUUUAUCACUCAGCAGCGUGCAAGGUGAUCACACGUGUUUCCUUAGGAGGCAUUAGCUCUCCGGAAAUGUGUUCUUUUGAAAUUGCGGCAUGUUAAGUAACAACAUGUUGCUGCGUUUUUGAUACUUCCUUUGACAUAACUAAGAAUUAGUAUAUCAACAUAUUUAUUAAAAUUAAUCCAAAAAAGGAAUAGUCAGAUUAGAGCACACUGUUCACUUCACACAAAGACACACUUUACAGUUUACAUUACAGUUUGGAUGCAGAAGUAAACUUUUUUCUUCUUUGUACAGCAGAAAGGUAACAGAUGACUCCUUAUUCUGUGCCACCAUCAGCUUAUGACCCAUGGCAUGGCAGGCACACUGCUAAUAAUGGUUAAUUAUGAAUUUGCUGAAAUGGGAGGUUAUAGGAGAGGCCAAGUCGGGUGGCUGAAGAAUGCAGAGUGAGAAAAGCAGCAUACUGUAUGUGCUGCACAAAGCAGGCAAGUCAGAGUGGUACGGAAGAACAAAUACAUGGAAUAAUUACCGCAUAGUAAGCGGCUGUACUUCGAGAAAAGCACAGGUGACGUGUGAGCAUUUGGCAUUCUAAUAAGGUUCACGUGUGUUUGUAAUUACAUGUGAUUAUGCUCUUAACCAACUGAAUGUUCAGAUGUGCUUUGGCUCUACCUUGUGCGUACCUCCUCAGGUUAAUCUGUACUGUAUUUCUCAUCAACAACAUCAAUACCUCAAACUUAGCUGGGUAACUGGUGCUGCAUGGCACGGCGCUUCUAAAUAACAUUCA